GGCCAGGUGGCGCAGGCAGGUGAGGGCACCUGGCAGCCAGCAGGUUCCAGCGAGCCAGCUGCCGCCGAGCAACAGCCAGGAGGGAUAGAGUGUCCACAGCUCCUCCCCUUGCCUCCUCAGCCCUCCCCGCAGCCAGGAGCUCAGGUGGAGCUCCAGGGGCCACCCCACGAUGAAGCCGCUGCUGCCCCUCCCCAGGGCUCCCAGGGCCCCCAGACAGCGGGCUUGACCCACCCGCUGUGGACGGCCAUCCAUGAGGGCCACAUGGCCACACGGAUGACCGGCCAGGCCUCCCAGGGCUGGGCCAGAGCGUCCUGCCUGAGAGCCCCGGGCUGCGUCCAGGCUCCAGCACCUUUGCUCUCUCCUGCGCCCAGGCGCCCAGUCCUCCCAGCCUCGGCGGAUGACUAAUGCUCCGGAGCUCCCGGCAGCUGGUGGAGCCCCCCUGGCGCCAGCAACUGGGCCGCAGCCCACCCCCCCGGCGGCCAUGCCCACGGAGCCCCUGGGGCUCCUGCCAGGGGACCAUGUGGGGAACAGCUCCCAGGGUGCCUCCCAGCUCUUCCUCACCACCCCGCUGGCCCAUGGCAUCUCGGGCGUCUUUGUGUGGACCGCCCUGGUGCUCACCUGCCACCAGGGGGAGCUGUGGCCCUGACACCACGCCACCCCCCACCCUCGCCCAGAUCUACCUGCACCUGCGCUCCUACACGGUCCCCAACGAGCAGAGGUACAUCAUCCGCCUGCUCUUCAUGGUGCCGGUCUACGCCCUCAACUCCUGGCUCAGCCUCCUCCUCCUGGGGGCCGGCCAGCACUACAUCUACCUGGACUCGGUGCGGGACUGCUACGAAGCCUUCGUCAUUUACAGCUUCCUGAGCCUCUGCUUCCAGUACCUGGGCGGCGAGAGCGCCAUCAUGGCUGAGAUUCGGGGGAAGCCUGUCCGGUCCAGCUGCCUCUACGGCACCUGCUGCCUGCGGGGCGUGGCCUACUCCAUCGGGUUCCUGCGCUUCUGCAAGCAGGCCACGCUGCAGUUCUGCGUCGUGAAGCCCGGCAUGGCUUUGGUCACCAUCGUCCUGCAGGCGGUCGGCAAAUACCACGAUGGGGACUUCAACAUCCGCAGCGGCUACCUCUACGUCGCCCUCCUGGACAACGCCUCGGUCAGCCUGGCCCUCUACGCCCUGACGCUCUUCUACGUCGCCACGCGGGAGCUCCUGCGGCCCUUCGAGCCUGUCCUCAAGUUCCUCACCGUCAAGGCCGUGGUCUUCCUCUCCUUCUGGCAGGGGGUGCUGCUGGCCAUCCUGGAGAGGUGCGGGGCCAUCCCUGAGGUCCAGGAAGUGGACGGGAGCAGGGUGGGGGCCGGCACGCUGGCCGCCGGCUACCAGAACUUCAUCAUCUGCGUCGAGAUGCUCUUCGCUGCCAUCGCCCUGCGCUACGCCUUCCCCUGCCAGGUGUACUCGGAGAAGAAGGGCAGCUCGCCAGCCCCCGCAGCGGCCAUGCAGAGCAUCUCCAGCGGCCUCAGGGAGACCGUGAGCCCGCGGGACAUCGUGCAGGACGCCGUGCACAACUUCUCACCCGCCUACCAGCACUACACGCAGCAGGCCACGCAGGAGGGCCCGCAGCCCGGCCCCCCGCCCGGGGGCGCUGGUGGCGGCCGGAAGAGCCGGGACGUGGAGAAGAGGACGCUGAUCCCCGCAGAGGAGCUCUAGCGGCCGGGUGGUCUGGCCCCCGGGAAGGACCGGGCCCCCCGCCCACCCGCUCACCCUCUCGCCGAAGGUCAAGCUCUUCCCGAGAGCCCUCCUGCCAGGCCGGUGGGCGGGCGACGGAGCUUGUCUGAGGGCCCAGGGACCUGUGGGUGCAGUUGGCUGUCACCCAGGUGGCCGACGUGGGCAGCGUGCCAUUGUGGCCCCCCCCACCCCAGGGAGAUGCACCCCGUGUGGGCUGGGGUGCGGGGCCACCAGAGGGGCAGGCGGGGCUGCUGCUUACGCAGAAACCCGGGUUUCUAGCGAUUCCUGCGCCUCCGUCCCUCAGGGCCGGCACCCAGACCCACACACUGGGGCAGGUUGGGGUCGGGGUGCUGGGGGAGUGUCCUGCUCUGUGCAGGGCAGAUGCAGUGGCCCGCCCUGUGCCACCCGAGGGCACAGAGGGGCCUGGCCUGGAGCCUGACCCCCGGGCUCUCCCUCUGUCCGUCGGGGGGUGGAGCCGGAUGGAGGAGGGCCUGACCUCGGAAGCCGAGAGGGGGAGCAGAGGGGGCCCUUCAGGGAGGGGGCGCCUCCUGGAGCACUGUGGCCGGGCCUGGAGGUCGGGGUUCCUGCAGGGGCCAGGGCAGCAGCGGCUGCGGGUCUUGGUCCGUCCUGUGUCCAGGUGUCCAGCAGGGUGGGGUGGGAGCUGGGCCGGACAGUGGCGCGGUGCCCGAGAGCCCGCAGACAGGGAGGCCCAGGGGCCACCGCCAACCCCCUUUCCCGGUGCCCCUGGCUGCCCACUCCCGCAUCACCAGUGGAAGAGGCAGAGGUGCCAGGAGUCUCAGAGAGCAGGGCGGGGCCUGGCCCCAGGAUGCUCUUGGCCAGCAGCCUCCCCCAGGGUCCACCCCCAGGGGGAAGGGCCCCUCCGGACCUGCCGCACCACGCCCUGUCUACCCGGGAGGCCCCGCAGGCCCUGCCCACUCCCACGGCCGGCCACCCACAGCCCCGCCAGUGGUGCAGAGGUGGCGGGUGGGUGCCCCGAGAUGUGCUGCCCAAGCGGGGGCUUCUGGAGGACGCAGGACGGCGGCGAGACGCUGGGCUGUGAGCGAGGGGACCCCCCCACACCCUUGCGAGGGGAGGGGGCCCAUGAGCCUGGAGUGAGCCCGGCUGCCCCUGCCGCCCAGGGGACCUCGCAGCCCAGAGACCCACACCCAGCAGCACCCCCCUCGGGCCCUGCUCUCCCGGCGAGGGGCCCACCGACAGGCUGGGACACGGGCGCAGCGCACGCGGCGGCCAGGGCACUGACUCCUCGGCGGACGCACCGGAAACCAGGAAACGCUUUACUGCAGAGAACUCUUUAUUACAAAAGCGGAGACGCACGGCAAUAAAUUAGGCGGUGGCCGCGGGGGCGGGGCGGGCGGGCGGGCACGCACCUCGAGCACGAGGGCCACGACACAGGGUCUCUCAAUAAUUUAUGUCGGGGUGGAAGCAGCACAAAAAUAAAUAUUGAAAUGAGA